CUGAAAGUGUGCACCGGAUGUUGUGUAUGUGUCCCGCCCUGACGUCAGCUGGUGUUUAAACGAUCCUACGUGUCAUUCGUGGAGUUUCAGUGAUUCUCAAACCUCCUGGACUCGACCGAAGACCUGAUCCCGGCUGGUUCUCUCCUUGAUGAGCUGCAGUUACCCUGGUUAACAGUUGCUAACUUGCCAAAAGCAUGAAGGCCUUGAUCCUAGUGGGGGGGUACGGGACCCGGCUGCGACCGCUCACCCUGAGCGUCCCUAAACCGCUGGUUGACUUCUGCAACAAACCCAUCCUGAUGCACCAGGUGGAGGCGCUGGUCAAGGCCGGGGUGGACCAUGUGGUUCUGGCUGUGAGCUACAUGUCCGAGCUGCUGGAGAGAGAAAUGAGAAUCCAGGAGAAGAGACUCGGGAUUCAAAUCUCUUUGUCUCAUGAGACGGAGCCUCUGGGAACAGCGGGUCCGCUGGCGUUGGCACGGGAGCUGCUGGAUGUGGACAACGAGCCUUUCUUCGUCCUGAAUUCAGACGUCAUCUGUGAUUUUCCCUUCAAAGAUCUUCUUCAGUUCCACCGCAACCACGGCAAGGAGGGAACUAUCGUGGUGACUCGUGUGGAGGAGCCCUCUAAGUACGGUGUUGUGGUGUUUGAGGCAGAGACUGGGAGGAUCCAUCGCUUCGUCGAGAAACCACAGGUCUUUGUCUCAAACAAGAUCAAUGCGGGCAUAUACAUCUUCAGUCCCAGCAUGCUCAGCAGGAUCCAGCUGAGACCAACGUCCAUAGAGAAAGAGAUAUUUCCUGUCAUGGCAGAGGAGGGGCACCUGUACACCAUGGAGCUACAAGGUUUCUGGAUGGACAUCGGUCAGCCUAAAGACUUCCUGACAGGGAUGUGUAUGUACCUUCAGUCGCUACGACAACAUGCUCCUGAGAGGCUACGCACGGGGCCCGGUUUCCUCGGCAACGUUGUGGUGGACCCAACAGCUCAGAUCGGGGAGAACUGCACCAUCGGGCCGAACGUGACCAUCGGCGCUGGCGUGGUCGUGGAGGACGGCGUCAGGAUAAAGCGCUGCACGGUGAUGAAGGGGGCGCGGGUUCGAUCGCACUCCUGGCUGGAGAGCUGCAUCGUGGGGUGGAGCUCCUCGGUUGGUCAGUGGGUACGAAUGGAGAACGUGACGGUGCUGGGGGAGGAUGUGAUCGUGAAUGACGAGCUUUACCUGAAUGGGGCCAACGUCCUGCCUCACAAAUCCAUCAACGAGUCCGUCCCAGAGCCGCGGAUCAUUAUGUAGCUGCGGGUGGGGGAGGGGAAGAUUUUUUAAUGAACUUAACUGAACGCCCAAACUGUGCCAGAGAGAGAGAGAGGGGGAGGAACAGACGGGCAGAAGGAAGGAGGAGGAGAGAAAAAGGAACAAAUGAAGUUUUUUUUUUUCCUUUAAUUAAUUUGGACUCGUUUUUCGUUGCACUGCUCGACUGCACCUUCCAUCAGUCUGACACGAUGGCGUUAGCAGGAUCUGUCAAAACGCAGCCUGGCCCGUCAGGCUCAUUAAAGUUGUUUCACCGCUUCAGGUAAAACGCUCUGAGUCCUGAAAGUGGCAUCUGGUGAAUGUGUCAUGUGAGGCAGAGGGGCGAGGCUGGUGGAGGGACGAAUACUGAGGAUGUUUAGGGACAAGGGGGUUAGAGAGCGAGAUGAUCACUGCUGUUCAGAUUCACUAUGCAUUUACAUUUCCUGUACCGGAGACUGGAACCUUGGCUGACGACACUGAGAUGAAACAAAAUGCUGCGUUGGUUAUAGUUAACGCGAGACAGUCACUUUUAUUUGUACCUGCUGGAAUUCAAAGUAUACAAUCUAGAAUCACUUCAGAUCAUCUGAGGUAUUUUGUCCUGUGGACCAGCAGAGGGCGCUCACUAACAGUAAAUCAAUAAUGCUUUAAUCAACUUUUGGGAAACAGGACGGCUCGAAAACUUCAACAGAACAAACUGUAAACUCAACAUCUGAAGUUCUUGUGGUGAAUGAUGUGAAACAGAGAAACUUCAUCGUUGAACUUUGUUUCUGACUGGAGAAUGUAGUUCUGUUGAUUUUUAUACAACAGUACUUGUUUCUGUUCUUUCUUUUUAUCAUUUAAACUUUAAUUCAAUGCCAAAUAUCUGUGUUUUAGAGUCAGACAUUAAGAAUACAAAAGGGAUAUUUUACUAUUUUUUUUAAUCAGGUGUCUUUUAGCUUUCAUCUCCAGGUGAGGCUUCACUCUUUACUUUCAGAAGAAUCCUAUCGAUGAUUAGAGGCACUUCAAGGGUAAAAAAUCUCUCGAUUUUAGAAAAUGUCAUCUGUAUUAAUUUGAGGGAACAUGGAGCAAAGUUAUACGUUUCAUAAUUAACGUAAUACUCGAUCUUGAUAUGACCCUAAUACUCUGUCGGGCUCAUGAAUGAACCACGUCAGGAUGAUUCAUCCAGUCGUUGAUGAGAAUCUCAAGUUUACUACUGAGCUACGUGAAUAAACAUUAAACUUAGAGUGUGUUAGAAUCAGAUUUCACUCUAAUGAAGGUUUACAGAUUAACCUCGCCUCUUGUAAGAACCAGUCAUUUUUAAUGUUUAACAGAAAUCAUGUUGAGUAAAAUGAAUCAAGUGACAGUAGAAGGUUUCUGGAGCACAGACCUGGUUUAUCCUCCAUGUUGAACUGGCAGCAGAUGAAUUCAGCUGAACACGAUGCAGUGGUUCUAUGGUUGUUAUGCAGUUAGUGAUAAAACAAUAUUUAGAAUACUGAACAUGUGAAGACUUUGUGUCUGAAUGAAUGAAGUCAACUCUUGUAAUAAAGUCUUUUUUAUAAAGAGUAUAAUAUAAUCAACUGACA